AUGGAUAUUACCGUUCAAGUGCUGUAUCUGGGACUACAACAUGAGCCACAAGUGCAGCACCAACUGGGAAGUCUAUUUGGAGUGCCCUGGCAGCCCCCCAGCCCCCCGACAUGGCAUGGCCCUGCUGAUCAAGAGACAAGCAUGGUGACCCGGCAGCACUGGCAUCUCCAGGGCCUGGGUAGAUCUGAGCUCCAGGCCGCUGUCCCUGAGGCACAACCAGGAGAAGCAGCAGAGUCCGGCCCAAGCUUCCUACCGGGUUCUGAGGUUGGCCAGCCUUGCUCUUCCCCUCCCAGUGAAGAAGUCCAGUCAUGGCUCAGAGCAAUUCCCCCCAUUCCAGAUGAAGUCGUGGUCAGGCAGAAGAGGGCCCCACAGGGCUCCUGGAAGGUCGGCACACUCCGCCAUGGAAAGAGAGUCUACACCGUGGCCAUCAGCAGCUCAACCCACCACGUGUACACGUGUGGCUCUGGCAACAUCAGGGUGUGGGAUGAGGGUGCAUUGCAUGCGGGGGGCAAGGUCCCUCAGGCCCAACUUCAGGACCGCCAGGACUGUGUCGUUACCUGUAAGCUGUUCCCCGAUGAACAGAGCCUGAUCACAGGGGGUGCCUCCCAGGCUGUGACUCUCUGGGACCUGGCACCUACCCCACAGGUCAGGGCACAGCUGACCUCGACAGGCCCCACGUGCUAUUCCCUGGCUGUGUCCUCCGAUGCCCAUAUCUGUUUGGCUGGUUUCCAAGGAUUUGUUGAGAUUUGGGAUUUGCAGAACCAAAUCUUGAUCAGGAAGCACCAAGUUCCUGUAUAUGCGUCCCGAUGUGUUGACAUCACAGGCAAUAUGUUCUGGACGGGAGGUGAAGAUACCACCCUGUAUUCCUGGGACCUGAGGAGCUACCAGAGGCUGCACCAAUAUGACUUAGAGAAUGAGAUCCUCAGCAUUACCCAUGACCCCAGUGAAGAAUGGAUAUUGGCAGGCUUGAGAACAAGUGAUAUCGCAUUCCUUCACACUCUUCGGAAUGAGAAGUUUAAGGUUGUCAUGAAAAAAUACACCCGCCACCACAGCCUCAAGUUUGCCUCUUGUGGGAGCUAUUUUGUGACUGCGAAAGAUGCGUGCACCAGUGGCUUGGAGGCACCUUCUCUACAAAAGUUGUUUCAGGUAGAGGAGUCGUCAGGUAUCCUGUGCUGUGACGUGUCCUCUGACAACCAGUAUCUGGUCAUGGGCUCCAAGAGCAGUGCCAUCAUCUACCAGCUCUUGUAUUAA